CAACCCAUACUCGCGAGUAAAAAAUUCUGUUCACACGUAAACAAGCCUACAGCACGUUCUAUUCCACCCGUGGUCUCAGAUCUGUAAGAAAUCGAUCCACUUGUUUCUCAAACUUUUAAUAAGGUAGCGAGAGAUCAAAUCUUGUUCUGUGCAGCGUCGUGGUAUUGUUCCUUCUCGGCUUCCUCUUCCAUUUCUACUAGAAGAAAGGGAUUGUUUCUUUGGUGUACACUGUUCAUUUCGAAAUCAGCAGUCUGCUUCUUUCGGGUAUCUGGGUAAAAAGUAAAAUUGAGGGAGAGGAAUCUUCAUCAUGCUCAAGUCAUCUCAGAGGAGCCAGAGAUCCAAAGGCUUCAAGGUGAAGCAUGCACUGCAAUUAUGCGUUGUGCUUGGCCUCUGUGUCUGGCUGGGUUACCAAAUCAAACAAUCUUAUGACAAGAAAGCAUCAUAUGGUGAAAGCACACGAGCUAGCAGUGAAGCUGUGAAGUUAGGGAGGAAGUAUCUCCAUCCUCACGCAGAGGAAACCUCAGUCAUAGAUGCAAGGCACAGGGAGGAGGAGGAUGAAGAAAGCAAGCAUGAAGAGCAAACCAGGAUGGAUGAUACUAAUGGUGUGGACAAUGAGAAUUCAUCCCAAAAAGAUGAGCAAGAAAACACAGAAGGGGAUUCUGAGCGUAAAGUGGAUUCAGAAGAACAAGAGAAAGUGACUGAACUGAGCUCCGAAAAUGUGGGGACAGAGGAGGAAGGUGAGGCGCAUCACAAGAAAUUUGGCGACGAGAAUGGUGUUAAUGAUAGCCAGGGAAAUGAUAAUGAAGAGAAGAAGAAUGAAGAGAACAAAGAUGAAGUGGAGAACAAAGAGACAGGAGAGGCUAGGGAGAAUGAAAGUCAGCAAGAGAAGGAAGAGGCAAAAAAGACAGAGAAUGAGGAAAAUGAAGAAAACAGAACUGAGGUGAAGGAACAAGAGAAGAAUGAAGAGAACAAAAAUGAGGUGGAGAACAAGGAGACAGGAGAGACUAGAGAAAAUGAAAGUCAGCAAGAGAAGGGAGAGGCUAAAGAGACAGAGAAUAAGGAAGAUGAAGAAAACAGAACUGAGGUGAAGGAACAAGAGAAGAAUGAAGAGAACAAGAAUGAAGUGGAGAACAAAGAGGCUGGAGAGACUACGGAGAACGGGAGUCAGCAAGAACAUGGAGAAGCAAAAGAGACAGAGAAUAAGGAAAAUGAAGAAAACAGAACUGAAGUGAAGGAACAGGAGGGCGGUAAAGAGCAAGGUGAUAAUAACAAAGAGAAAGAGGACAGUAGCUCAUCAGAAAAAGAGAAAGAAGAGAGUGAGAAGAUUCAGGAAGUGACUUCAUCUGAAGAUCAAGUCAAGGAUGGAGAAAGGAACAGUGCGGAGGCUAGAGAGGAGAAUUAUGCUGGAGAUAAUGCCUCCAGUGCUGUGGAAAAUAGAACACAAGAUAUCUCAGAUGAAAGUCAUAAGAAGACAGAACAAGAUGAAAACAAGGAAAAUAAUGGGUUCAAGGAUGAGUCUAAUACUAAUGGUACUGAAGAAUCAGAAAAGGCUGAGAAGACUGAUUCAACAACUAAUGAAGGAAACAGCAAUGAGAACCAGGCAUUGACGGAGAGUGAUGUGAAUAAAAGGGAGGGGGAGCAUGCUGAUUCCACUCCAACAUCUUCCUCAGAGAACAAUAUCAUCAAUGCAGCUAAUGGAGAGUCCAAGGAUCCAACUACUGAUUCUGCUAACAAGCAAAACCUCAACAGCAAUUCUGACAAAGGAGUGCAAGAUAAUGUCCUACCAUCCAGUACAAGUGACAACAAACAUGCUAGCCAAGAGGUGCAACAAACUUCCUCUGAUGCUUCAUCCGAACAGAAGAGAGAUGAUUCCUCAAACUCAGAAAACAUUAAUAAUUCUGGGCAAAAUGGCAAUGUAAACUCUGCUCAGAGCAAAGCAGACAGUGAUGGAAGUGUUAAUAAUGGCAUAGAUGCCAGCCAAGCACAAGUCCAUUCCUCUGGCACUCCAUCGGAACAAAACAAAGAAGAAUCAUCAAACUCCGAAAUCAGGAACAAUACCAGCCAGAAUAACUCAAAUGGCAAUGAAAAUGCUAAUGACAAUAAGAAUGAAAAUAAAGACGUGACAAUGCCAGGCGUUUCUUCUGAUUCUUCAGUUUCUGAAGAGAAAGAUGUGUCCGUCAAGAAUAAUGCUGAUGCAGUGCAGAAUGAGAUCCACAACAAUGUUCAAAGCCAGACAAGUGAAAAUGAAGGGGCUCAAAAAGAAUCAUUUGCUUCAGGAAACCAGAAAGAAGAAUCAUCUGAUUCCAACUCGCAGGAUCAAGUCAAGUCUGAGUCUUGAAUUUUUCAGAGACCAAUACUGAAAGCAAUCACAGUGAUGUUACUGCCACGGAGCAACAUUUCAAAUAAAUCAACUGCAUGAAGCAUCCUCUCCUUAGGGUCCUAACUUACAUAUUAUUGAGAUAUGUAUUGCUCUUUACGUGGCCAAUGUGCUAUAUAGUUUGUUUGGCUUGCUAUUAUUAUUAUUAUUUUUUUUUUUUUGGCUAACUUUGGCUUCUUGUUAUUUGCUGCAGCGAUAGAGUUUUCAUAUGUAUAAAGCAUUUGAUGUUCUUAGAAGUUGCGGCAUUUAUAACUCUCACGUUUCUUUCACCUCAUCAUAGAGUUGCGAUAUUAGAUGCUCGACUCUCGAGUGUCCUGAGUAAA